AUGGACCGACUCUAUAAUAAAUUCGCCAAAUCGCUGUACAGAACGCAUCAGAAGAAAGAACCUGUCAUCAUCAGCAUCCAGACAAGACAGCUCAUUGCCGCGGAUCCCACGAGACCAUCCAUUGCCCAACUGCCAGAUCCUAUUCUACGAAACAUUCUUUUGUGUGUCAAAGAAGCGCGCCCCGAGAUACUCCCAGUCAUCGCAUCGUUGAGCUCUUCAUUAUACGAGCAAGCACGCUAUGUACAGCACCACGAGGUGCAUAUUGAUAUCAACAACAGCAAACAUGUGCUCGAUCGGCUCCAUCUUAUUCAACGCCUGGAUCAACUGGUAGCCAUUCGGGUGCUGCGAGUGGACGGUGAACGCCAUCCAAACGAUGAUGACACCAUGAGGGAGAUUCUGGACCAUCUCGCGUCCCUCGUGCCAGCUAUGACUGGAUUGCGCGACGUCCAUUGGCACGCGCAUCAAUCGCGACCCUUGUUGCCAACCUUCUCCGUAAAGAGUCUGGAUCUGCAUGCCCCAAUACCAAUCCCGUCCUCGAUACUUGUUGCGCUGACGGCUGAGUGCCGCGUUCAUACGUCCCUCAACUGUCACGCAAUCAACGAGGCCCAUGCACAGACCCGGACAUUCUUGCAGGGCUUGGAAGGGAAUCAAAAUCUCCAAACCCUCUCCAUACGGGUGCUCUACACCGAGGAACCAAUGGGUGCUGAAACGAUGCGCGGCUUAACAAAAGUCCUUCUCUCAUGCCCCAACCUCACAAGGAUUCCCAAAAUCCACGUGUGGUUUCCCCAGGGUGGAUGCUACGCCUACGGCCCAACAUUUGAAGAAGGGCCUUACACGGGAAUCUAUUUCCCAGACGGCGAGAUGCUUAACCCGCUUGAAGAGCUAGGUAUGGAUUUGUAUCCUUGGGGGAGAGAGGGAGCUCGAUGGCAUCGGGGAUAUCGUCUCAAGGGACUCGAGCAAGACUACUGGGUCAAAAACUUUAAUUGGUCUCAUCUGAGACGCCUGAACGGAUACCUUGAGCCUGAAUUAUCUCGGGCAUUCCCGAUGUUGACCAACCUCCGAGAAAUAGAUCUGACAUAUGGUUGGAACUAUAAGCUCGCCCGGGAGUUUCUACGCGCCAUCACAUCACCGCUGGAACAAAUGAUUCUUCCAUGUUGGGAAAGCAUAGGUUCCAGACCAGAACUAAUCAGCCAAUUUGGCGGAACGCUCAGGGAACUGAAGAUUGGUGGCGGGGGAGCGUCGGCCCUGAUGGCCCUUGAUCUCGCCCAGCUUUCCAAGGACCUGCCCCAUCUUGAACAUUUAGCAAUCCACAUCGAAUGGAAUCGAGAGGAGGAGGACUGGCCAUUCGCCAACUUGAAAGCCAUUGCUGCGCUUCCUCGCCUUCGCAGUGCUGAGUUGUGGUUUCGACUAAUCUGUGGCCGUCCCCCGUAUCUCACAUAUUCGGUAGCGCAACGAUUAUUAUGCUAUAUGAACGAUCACAAUGGCGGAUUUCAGCGUCUGACUCUCCACUCGGGUGUGCCAACACCAAACAGGGUUGAUCCUUUCUCCCCAAAUGUCGACGUAACGCCCUCCUGGUCCAUGCGUAACUCGGUCACCUUCGAAUGCGAAAUGGCCUACGAUCAUGACCCUUACAAGGAAGACGGACAAAGGUGCAAAGCCCGCAUCUGGUGCAAGGAACUGAGUGUUGAGAUGAACGCAAAACUCCGCCAACUCGACCAAAAAGCAAACAGAAAGCAGCCGAACGUCAAAACUCUUGACCCAGCUGGGGUCCUUCUCCGAGCGGCAUUGGACGGCCCCCUUGAUUCAGCAGAAUGGCGGGCUUGGCGGGAGGAGCAGCUGAGGUUGUACGGGCCACUGCCCGGCAGCGUGGAUGAGUUUGCCCAGGAAAUCGAAGCUUACUGGGCGCGGUUGAAUGCGCCCUUUUCUCUUAAAUUGCUCUUCAAGGAGCUGUGUGAAUAUGUGAGGGAAGAAUACGACGGCGCGUUUGGCAAGAAUCGACGGAAAAUGCGGACAUAG